UCCAAGGCCAGGCCGAAGCCGAACCGCCGAACGGCUCCAACGGACCCCAACUUCCGGCCUUCCCAGUUCCCGUCGAACCAUCUAAGAAGCGCCGCCGUCUCCUCGCUAGGGUCUGGACUUCGGAGUCGACGGCGAGCUCAUCGGCACCGGCGGAGGCGGCGGCACGAUGGACUGGAGCUCUGUGACGGCGGAGGACCUGGUGGACGCGCUUCGGGAGGUGGAAUGGUCUACGCCGCCGCGCCCCGUCUCCGAGUUCUUCUUCCGCUUCACCGCCCCCCGAUCCUACUCCAAGUGGAUUAGCCGCCUCAAAUGCAACCUCUACUACUACCGGACGAACUACUUCAUCUUGAUAAUGUUCAUUCUUGGAAUGGGCUUUCUUCGGAAGCCAGUUGCCAUCCUUGCAGCUUUAGCAACUGGCCUCAGCAUUGCAUUUCUCAACGACAGUUUUGCAGUUACAUUCAAUGAGAAAGUCACAAGGACUGUCAGACAAUUUUCACCACACUUAGCUGCAAAGAUGAGGCCACCCAUAACGCCUGUCAUCCGAGGCCGACCAAGUAAAAGAAGAUCAAUUCAUAUCUGUGGCCAACCUCGGUGGGUCUUUGUCCUGUUAUUUUCUGCAGUUAGCUGCAUGCUCUGGUUGACCUCAUGCAGCCUCCUCACGAUUUUGUGGGCACUACUUAUUGGUCUACUUGGAACCUUGCUGCAUGCCAGCUUCAGAACACCUAACCUGAAAGCACGUCUGAACACGUUCAGGGAGGAAUUUCGAGCAGUAUGGCGAAAUUAUAGCGAGCUGUAAAUGUCUUCUUUGCUUGUCCCAUGUUUAGCCAAGCGCCAAAACUCGACAUGCUGUUUGUAGGUCCUUUCUCGAAGGAGAUUUCGCCAAGGUCUUAGAAUGUCAUCGGAUUGCAAAUCUGUAUGUAUCAUUAGAUGGUGAUAUAUCUCAGUGUCCACCGUGGUUUUAGCUACUUGUCUAGAGCGUGAUCUUUGUUUCCAAAGUUAGGGGGAAAACCUUGGCGAUAUGGUCGUAUACAGCUACUCUCGAGUGAACAAAGAUAUUGUUUUUGA